UUCCUUAAGUUCUUAACCUCACCCCGCCGUGACAUUUCCCCACUUCUUCUACUGGCAACCUGCUUUACCCUCUUCACUCUUUUCCUUCUCUAUCCAAUUUCCAAACCUUUGCAUCUCCCGGAACAGUCGGUUCCCGGUAGUUGAAACUCAAGUCGGGUCCCGCGGUGGGUAGUGGGGUGGAGGUGAAGGGAACAGUAGCCGUAGCUCAGCUCUUGAAUUUGAGUUCCCAAAAGGCUCUUUGCUUUACUACUCCAAAUUACUAUGCUCUCUCUCUCUCUCUCUCUCUAUCUCUCAGUAUGACAAUCGCUCAACCACGGAAUUGACUCUUCAACUCUUUCUUUUUUUUUCCCUGAUUCUCUCAGCAGCGGGUUUGUUUUGUUUCCUGAAUCUAGGGCUUCGGAUUUCCUGAAUUUUCCCUCCAAGUAUGCAGUCAAAGUCUAAAAGUGUGAAUCAACCAGAAUCUGAACCACCAAAUAUGCAGCAGACUAGUAGUUAUUCGGAACCUUGGUGGCGUAGUAUUGGGUACAAUCAUAUCUCCCCGCCAGCAGCCGGAGGAAAUGUGUCCAAUUCAACAUCACUGGAAUGCACCAAUGGUGCUUCAGAAUCUAAUGAUGGUCAGUCAAUGUCAAAUGAUGAUUUAAAUGAAGAUGAUGAUGAUGACACCACAAAAGAUUCACAUGCAAGUUAUGGGCAAGUACAGAACAACUGUCAGCAUGCUGUUUCUGCUGCACCUAUAGUGCAUAGUGGAUGUAUCACGCAGCCUCCUCAGCUUGAACUUGUAGGCCACUCUAUUGCAUGUGCAUCAAACCCAUAUCAGGAUCCUUAUUACGCAGGAGUGAUGGCUGCCUAUGGGCAUCAACCGGGUUACCCUCCUUUUCUUGGGAUGCCACAUGCUAGAAUGGCGUUGCCCCUUGAGGUGACACAGGAGCCUGUUUUUGUGAAUGCCAAACAAUAUCAAGGGAUUCUAAGGCGAAGACAAGCACGUGCUAAAGCAGAGGUUGAGAACAAACUAAUUAAAGUUAGAAAGCCAUAUCUGCAUGAAUCUCGUCACCAGCAUGCCAUGAGACGGGCAAGGGGUAGUGGAGGACGAUUUGCCAAGAAAAAUGAAACUAAUUCCUUGGGUUCUACUAUGAAGGAUAAGGACUCCGGUUCUGGUCAAGCUAUCUCAUCGCACUCUGCUGGUUCAUCUGGUUCUGAAGCAGCGCACUGUGCCUUGGCCGAAACCUGGAAUUCUUCCAAUGGCCAACAAGAAGCAAGGACCCAGUUGCAUGAGGCAUAUGAAGCUCGAAGUUAUGUGAAUGGAAGUAGCCAAUUUCAUAAUUACAGUAGCUUCCAAGCUUCUUCCUAUGGUUUGCGAUCUGGUGAGAGAGGCGAUGAUGGAGACUGCUCGGGACAGCAGCGAAGUAUCUCAGAAAAUCAGGCUGCUCAGAGGCGUCUUGCCAUCAAGUGAACCUCCUGAGGUUGCAUAAAUAUGGGCUGCCUCUCUUGGGGCUACAUUCCCUGGCAGUUCUCUGCUGGGCGGCAAAUCAUUCUUGGCUUUGUUCUGGUGCUUGUUCCUUAAUCGUAAAGGAGAUAAUAUAAGUUGGCCAUUUGGACCUUAGUUCUAGUUAAGUCCUUGGAUGCUUUAUUCCAUCAACCUCCCCCAUUUUUAACUUGUGUAUAGAACAGACUUCAUAGAUUUCAAACGCUGUUCUUCUCAAUUUCCAAACAACUUUGUUCAAUGGGAAUGCUUAUCUGUUAUGUA